AUAUUUUUACAGAUUUAUAUUAUUUACUAUAUUUCUUCUGUUCAACGUUCAUUUAAAAAAUGUCUUUAGUAGAAAUAUUCCAGCACGAUGAAGUCAUUUACACAAUUCUGGAUAAACCACUGCCAGAUCCGCCUAAAACGCCGAGGUAUGAAUCCAAACUUGAAAAAGAAUUAAAGGAAAGAAAGAUACCUCAACUUCGACACACUUUCGGAUAUGCUGAAACACCCCUGAAAACCCCUGAGAAUUUUCUAAAGAAAGGAGAAGGAAUUGGACAGCCUGUUAAGAAAUCUGAUCACAAAUGUUUUGCCUCUGGUAAUUUGCCGCCAGUGCCGAAGCGUCUACCUCCGGGGAAAAAAACAGAGAAAUCGAAGACUAACUUCAAAAUAUUAAACAUGAAGAAAGCUAUAAAAACUAAAGCGAAACCUGUAGAACCUAGGCUUGUGGAUACAAGAGACGGUCAUAUAAAAAAGAUAAAGGGCUCUGGAGAAGUGCCGGAGUACUGCUUAAGGCCGGACUUCGGGAAAAUGCCUACAUAUUUAGUGAACAGAAACAAACGAAUACAAAAGGAAUUGGAUAAGAUCAGAUAUGCCGAGGAAAAUAGGGAGAGUUUGUGCAAGCAAAUCUCUGAGGAUGAACGACAGAAGUUAUUAGAUGAUCUCAAGUACAACUGGGAGCUGAUGCAGAAAGCAUUUUUACAAUUGCCAAUGCUUACGGACACUAUGCCGAAAAUUCUUAAGAAAACUAAAAUGGAACAGGAGUUGAGACAGUUGGAGAAAGACAUCGCUCUGAUUGAAAGCAAUCCUUUCAUUUAUCUUUAUGAAUAAUAUGCAGAUAUGCUGCGAUUAUAGAUGUAUAACCUCAGCAGUUAUUGUAACACUGUUCGCUUGAAUUAAAUAGAGGUAUGAAUACUUAAUUAGUACUUACCUACAUAUAUAUACACAUGUAUAAAUCUGUGUGUUUUUUAGAGUUGACAUGUCAUACAAGCACAUUGAAUAAAUGUGUCAAGUACUGAGCACAGAAAACUAAAUAAAUUUGUUUGGUAACUAUACAAUUUUUUGUUCAUUAAUUCUCCUUAAUUAACAAAGAGAAAAUUUAACUCAAAUUCAAGAGGGCAGUGCUCCAGCAUAUAGUUUAAUAAAACAACGAUUGGACAAAAUUAAUAAUAAUUUAUUUCGACCAAAAAUUACAAUGUUCACAAAAAUAUGGAAUGUGGGACUGUACCUACAUUAGUAAUCCUUAAUCCUAAUUGACUAGAUUUAAAGACUAAUUACAUGCAGAGACCGGAGCCUCUAUUUCACAGAUAUGUCGCCCUAACUAGUCUCUAAAAUGUACUACUCUAUAAAAAUAGGUGUAAUACAUAACAUAUUGUUGACUAUUGGCAUGACUGAAAAAUAAGAUUUGUAAACCGUUUUUAGAUAGCUUCUUUAUUGAUUUCAACCAAACGGCAGGAGUCUUGUAAGAACACGUCGAGAGUGUACGUAUCUCGCGCCUUUAUUUUAUGCAUAAUACCACAAAAUUGAAAUUAAGAUACACACAAUUUCCAUUCCCGUAUUGUAAACUGUGUUCCACAAUGUCUGCACGAGCCGUUUUAUUUAAAUAGUGCUUGAAAACAAAGUCUGCCCUGAAGUUAAUAUAAAUACAAAUCUCUAAGAGAGUGCGACAUUUUUUUAAUGAAACAGGUAAAAAAAUAUAUGUUAAUAAGUGAACAAAAGCGUCCUAUAUGAUUAAAUGAUAUUGACUUUGACAUAUUUAUUUGUUAUUAUAUAAUCUUACGAAUACAUUACGAAAUUGGCAGAAAAAUAUAUGUAAAAGUAGUAUUUUAUAUU